GUUCCGUCCUCCCUCCAGGGCUCGGAUCUCUCUCUCUCUUCCCAAUUCUGCUGCUCAGGGUACGACUUUCUGACAAUUAGAGAAUUCUCAACCAAUCCCGGAUUUGAAAUGAAAGCGUCCGUCAAUAUCGCGGUGGAGCCAGUCAAUAUCGCAAAAGACUUUUCUGCCCUCUGAGGAAGUAAUUCCUCAAGCUCUCCGGCAGCGGCCCCAAACGGCGCCCCUACUCUUGCAAAGUGUCGUACUUCCACGCAAUGUCCAUCUGUCUCCUUCUCCUGUUCCUUCUAGCCUGCGUCGCCUUUCCCUAUACGGAAGCGACCUUGUAUGCCGGCGGCGCAGGCAACGCAUUGUAUUUCUACAACACAACCACAGUUGCCGGCAUCGGAAGCCAAGGCAUCGUCGACGGGGUCUCGUACGGCCAAAUCGUAACGCAGUGGCCUCCAAGUACUUUCACGAUCGAGUUUUGGGCGAAAACCAAUUUUUUCCCCUUCGUCUCCCAAAACCCGCACUACUUCUCCCUCGCCGUGUUGCAUUCAUUCAAUUUUGAGGGGGUGGAUGAUGGCGCUGAUGAUGAUUACAUUAAUGUACAGAAUGGCUAUGCGUCGUUGUUGUCGAAUACCGCAGGGGCCAUUUUGUCUGCGACGAAUUGGACGGAUCUUCGGUUGGGGGAGUGGCAGCAUAUGGCGCUCACACUGGAUGUCACAACAGGAGUAGCCCACUUCUACCUCAACGGCGACCUAGAAUACAGCGAUGAAAACACCGAGACGCAAGACUACUUAGUGGGCGCUAAUCUUACGAGCACGGUCGCUUUGGUGUUGGGGCAGGACCAGGAUGCAUUCUAUGGCUCGUUUCAGGACCUGAAGGCGUUUGUGGGGGUUAUGGAUGAAGUUCGGAUAUGGAACGUUGUUCGGACGCAGGAAGAGAUUCAAGCGGAUAUGCACCACGUGCUCCCGGGAAGCACCGCGGGCUUAUUCGCAAAAUGGGGGAUGGACAUACUGGAAAGCGAUAGCAAGACUAUUUUGAAUGAGGUUGAUGCAACUGCGAACCCACUGGUGCUGGGAGGUCAGAAUGCGUUUGCGGAUGUUGUCGAAUGCCCCGCUGGGAGAAUUGGAGUCUCGGACAACGUCGAAUGCAACCGACGACCUUCUUGGAUCCCUUCCGAUGCCCCCUUGACUGGCAGCCGACGAGUGCGGGCCUUCAUUCCGUCGGCGUCCUUAUCCAGCGUCAAGCUUCCCGGUUCUUCUGACGUCCCCAAUGCACAGAUCACCACGUCAAUCCAGUCACUUCAAACCUGUUCCACGGCAGCCGGAUGGUCUAUAUACCUAGACUCCGUCACACCCGCCGUUGAUGGGAGCGUUAUCCCGGGCAACAGUGACACAAUUUGGGUGUCCUCCACCGCGGCAGUGGAUGCUAGCUGUACAUUCACGUACCAGAUCUCCGACGGCACAUCAGCGCCGACAUCGGCGACCGUGACACUCAUCGUUGCCAAAUCGCUGACUGCUCGGAAUGUUCACGUGGAUGUCGUAGCGGGGGCUGCAAACAUCUUCAUCCCUCUGACGGCACGCCCCUUUGCACAAGGGCCAUUUAAAGGUGCGAUUGUGCAGACACUUCCAAUUCGCGGUUCAAUCUAUAGAGCGACCUUGAUCUGGAACGACGUCCCGCAACGAAAGGAGCUGUUGAGUGUCGGUGAUGUCGUGAACACCGAAGUAGACGGCAUCCAAUAUGUACCACACCCCAAUGAACACGGUGCCCCAUUUGACACGUUCGAGUUCAGCGUAGUAGGCGAGCAUGGGAUAGUCUCAACCAACAACGCCGUCGCGACAAUCAACCUCGCCGCAAGGACCGGGAUUCCGGCCGUUGCUGGCGUCAACACCUUUUAUCUGACAUUUGCAAAUCGACACCAUAUAGAUUUCCCGAACUACCCACUUUUGGGGAUGGCGGAGUUCACUAUGGAGAUGUGGUUAUGGCCAGACCCCGUAUCGUCGUCUACUGCGGCACGCAUAUGGGCUACCGCAGACGAUACGCUUGUUCUCACUAUGGAUCAAGUGCACAACGUCUUGCGUUUUGCCGUCGCCGGUCAACCGCUCCUCCGCGCAAAUAUCACCUCCCAGCAGUGGUCGCAUGUAGCUGUGAGCAAAGACUCGAGCGGAGAGAUCAGUAUAUACGUGAACAAUAAUGUACAAGACGUACAUGUUUCCACCGCCGGCAUACCAUCCAGCGGAACGGGGCUCGUAAUCGGGAAAGGAUACGAGGGUGGAUUGGACGAGAUUGCCAUUUUCAAUUCGUCGAAAGGGGUUGUGGGAGGAUCGAGGAAUUUGAAUGUUCUCCUCAGACCGCAAGAGACGGCCAAUUUGAGCGUAGUGUGGCAUUUAAAUGAGGGCAGCAAGGGUAUUGCAGCUUGCGGUGCACCGGUUUCCGCAAGCACGACUGAGGCAUCUUUAUGCGGGCCUGCUGGAUCCUAUGCCGGUCAGCUGGGCGGUGGAUCUGCAUCCCGUUUCCCCCUGUGGACAGCGGCCCCGAAGCAACCGAGCAACAUCGGAUGGGACGGCUUUCCAUUCCUCAGCACGUACAUCUCAGAAGAAAACGCAUCCUCGAUCAUCAUUCAAUUGAAUGCAAUCACUCAAGACUCGGAUGAGCGGCUUCUGGUGUGCACCAUCAAUUCGCUUCCGACACUCGGCAAGCUGUAUCAAUACAAUGAAACUAAUCCACCGAAUUACAUUGGGGAAGCCAUUACAGAGUACUUUACACCGUGGCGGAUCAGUCAGCCACGAAAGAAGCAAUGGGUUAGCCGAGUUCCACAGUACCCGAACCGAACCAUCCCCUGGCCGAGUGAUCCGACUCUGCGUUUUAGCACCCAGUAUUAUUGGACAGAUGAAUACUCUGGCUAUGGUGUCAAUGCUCUGCUAGGCGCGCCAGAGAAAUAUGAUGCAAGUCGCGCGGAUCUCGGCUAUGGCGGCUCUGAAGAUUCCUGGUGUCCAAGUACGCCGAGGGGUGUCAAGUGCGAACCAAAGGGUCCUGCAAAUCCAUGGGGAUGGAACUGCCCGCCUUCGCCGAAUGCGAUGGAGUUCGUUGAGGUUGGAUAUGAUUUAGCGACGCAUAUUGUUAGCAUCAACUCAUACGAAAAUCUGAAUCCGGGAACUACGGAGAUCAUCUCCGUCCGGCAUCCUGCCACCAACGACUGGAUCGCAGUGUGGAAAGGCGCAGCGCAGAAAGACCUGUACUCAUCAAGGGGCACAUAUAUAUCGCAGACCUACCUGAUGAACUCGCCGGGCGUCUGUGGCACACCUUUCCAGACGGAUGCAAUUAGGCUGGAUCGUGCCAACUAUAAACUCGACGGAUGGAAGGAGAUUGAUGCAAUUGAGAACGUGGGGACUGACCGGUUAGAAGCUGGCUAUGUCACCGACAUGCAGUAUCGAGUCGUGUACGUGCCCGACCCCUCAAAGAGUGGCGUCGAUGGGUUUGACUACGGGGCGACGGACUGCAUUGGGGAUCUCUCCCAGCUAUCCGAAACGAGCACCGUCACCAUCCACUUGACCUCCCUGGUUCAUCCGGCGACGGCCCCCGAGGGAAUGGCAAUGAGCUAUCCGGUAUCACGUCUCAAUGGUGGCACCGGAGAUGUUCUGCCAUUCACCGUGAUGCUUGAAGCUUAUGAACGGGACGAGCGGACUCCGAAGUUUCAAAUCACCAAGCCUCCGGGGAUAGGAUAUCUGACAAAUGCAGCGGGCGAGCGCAUCUCUAAUGCCGAGCUUCUGUCCGCGACUUCCAAUACCUCCUCACACAUCUAUCGACUUGAUCUGACCUUCCACCCGACAGGUUGUGGGAUCGACACCCUUUCCUACCAAGUGAUAGAUGAUCUGAGAACUUCUGAUCCCAUCGCCAUCCAAGUCGUGAUACCUUGCGUUCCAUACACAGCCUACAGCGCUCCGCUGGGAAUCUUCGUUGCAUUCUUGAGCAGCGUCGGCUUGCUGGGUAUCCUGGCCGCCGCGGUGUUCACCAGAAUUUACGUCAAACGGAAAGUCAUCAAAGCCGCCAGUCCGAUCUUCCUGGGCCUGAUCUUAUUGGGUCUUGCCUUGACCUUCAUCUCGAACCUGUUCUAUGCUGGUCCCGUCACCCGAGCCAGCUGUAUAGUUGCACCCGCCCUUCUCGCCAUCGGCUUUUCGCUAUCGCUGGGGAGUCUCUGCAUCAAGAACCUCCGCAUCUACUACAUUUUUAACAAUCCGAGGCCAUCCAAAAAGGCGCUGAAAGAUAUGCGAUUGUUACAGGCGACGGUCCCGCUUGUUCUGAUUAAUGUAAUCAUGAUCGCUGUCUGGGGCGCCGCUUCCCCUCCAAUACCGGUCAUGAUGAAUCCGGAAUCGACGGAUCACUACCUUGUGUGCCAGUCUGCCAAUAAUACGUGGAGCACGAUGUUGAUGGCAUAUAACGGUUUCAUUCUGGGGGUCACUGUUUUAUUUGCGUUCGUGAAUCGCAAUGUCGCCCUGCAGUACAACGAAUCAAAGCAGCUCGGCAUUGCUUCCUACAACGUGAUCGUCUUUUGUCUCCUCGGCUUUCCCGUCGUCUUCAUGCCAGGAACAACGCCAAGCCUAGUCUUCAUGGUUCGCGCGAUCGCGAUCUGGUCCGCAUCGUUCGUCAUUCUCACCGUGACCUUCGCCCCAAAGGCAUGGCUGAUCCUGAGAAAAGGAGAAUCCGACUUGAAGCCAUCAAACGGAUUGGGACUAAAAGCGGGCAUCCGAGCAACGGCCCGGGUUGAUGAUAGCCGACAGAGUUCGAUCACUAGCCAGACGGUGUCGAAUCAUGCGCAAGAGGGUCUAGCGAAUGUGGUCCAACAUCAAAUGAUGGCGCGAUUCAAGCCGAAGCUCAUGUUUGGCCCAUGGAGGGAUGUCCAUGUGAUAUGUCUGCCGGCGCACCAUACGGUCAUUUAUGUGUAUCCUGAUUGCUCGGCUCUAUCCUGCAAUUGGAGAGAGGAUACUUUCAAGUUUGAACUGGAUCCAGUGCGGGAGAAGAAGCAAGUCCUGCGGAUCAUAGCUGGUGGGAAGAUCGGCACGAUCGAAAUGCAACUGAGCGAGGCAGAUGCAACCAAUUGGUCCGCGCUGCUUACCCAACUCCAGCAGAAAGAUGUGGAGAAAAGUUGCCGGUCCGUAAAUGCGGGUGGGAGGGGUAGAGAUUUAAGCGUGGUGGGGACCUCGGCAGGAAGGAGACCGACUUUGCCACCUACGGCAGAACGGAAGGGCGAAAGUGGCAGCGACGACAAAAAGGGAAGCGCGAUUCCAGGGCCAGGGCCCUUAGAUGUUUGAACACAACCAGAGACAGCAGUGCUCAUUGCGCUUUAUGCGAAGAAUGAUUCUUCUUUAUUUGAGGGGCUUGUGUUUGUGGUCCAUUGCAGACAAACGAUGCCAUGUUGAUGCCGUGUGGAGAUUUGGUUGGCGUCGGUCGUCUUUCUGCCCAGACGUACAUACAUAUGUACAGAAUACAGUACAUAUAAGAAGCGACAUAAACUUGGUGACGUUUUUGGGUAACUAACCUGUACCAUAACAACACGCAACCCUACUGUAAAG